UUGGACCUGGCAACCCUGCUGGUGCAUCACAACAAUCUCAGACUUCAAAACAACAUGAUGGCGGGUGCAGCAGUUGCUGACCAAAAUGCCACGUUUCAGAUCAGACCCGACCUAAAGGAUAAGUUCCGAAGCAGUGUAGUUCGUGAUGUGAUCCACAACACUUUGGUGGAGAACCUCACAGGGUUUGUGUAUAGUCUUGAAGCUGGAGAUGAAAUGUCCAAGUCCUUGGCUGACCUUCUCAGAAAUAAACUUUUAGAUUUAAACCUUCCUCGGUACAAGUUUCUUGUAAAUAUUGUAAUUGGUGAGCAGCGAGGUGAAGGUGUUAAGGUUGGUGCUCGGUGUUUAUGGGAUGCUGAUACUGACAAUUAUGCUUCUGAUGUAUUUUUGGCGGAAACGUUCUUCUGCUCAGCUGCAGUAUUCGGUGUCUACUUUUAUUGAGCAAUGAGAACAUUCUGAACAAAGUACUGUUUUUGAAGAUAUGAGAUGGUUCAAGGAAACAUUUCUCUUCAGUUCACAAAUUCUACAUGUGAUUUAGUGUUGUUAGCAAAAAAUAUCUAUCUCCACUUACGGAUAUAUAUUUGUGAGGGACAGUAAAUGAUAUUGAGUAAUAUUCUGACUGGAGGUCGUGAGCCUUCAACUUGCACCAGUCAGUGCCUUACACGGUCCCAUGCAAUACAGUGUUGCUCUGGUCAUGACUGCCCCAGUACAAACAGUAAUGUUGCCAUAAUUUACCCAAACUGUGAUUUAAGAACUUAUUUGUGCUUCAUAUAUUACCAAAAAUAUUUUGUAAGCUACUGUAUUUGUCAUUCCUUUUAGUUUAUUAUGUGAUAUACAAAAUUAAUCUUAGCUUUAACUUGAGAAUCUCAUUGUGGGAAGAUUCUCAUUAAAUGUCAAUUAAUUUUUAUUUAUAUACAUGGUAAUAUUCACUUGAAAUUUCCAUUUCAAUGUUGGUUUCAUGCAGAAUCUUCCAUAGACAUUUCAUCUGCCUUCAUUUUAAAGUGUACUAACUCAAAUACUUUUUAUAUCGUUUGCCUUAUGCGUUUCUGCUCUCGUAUUGGCGUCCUUGGUGAUAUUUAGUGCCCUCUGAUUAUCCUGCACAUUUGAUGGUUCUACAUAACCUUCCCGGUUUGGUGCCUUCUUUUUGAUAGUUACUUACUUACUUAAAGUGUACUAAAAAUAUUGAUGCAAAUUCCACAAUAAGAUUUAGUAAUUGAGAGUGAAACAGUUUUCCCUUGCUUGCUGUUAAAUACAAUAAUGUUUGGGAUGAGGAUUACUUUGGCAGACAUUACAAAUUAAAAAGCAAAACGAAUGGAGAAAAUAUGGUCAAACUAUACACCAUAAAUAAUAAUAAUUUAAUAGACCACUAAUUACAGUUGUACUAUAAUGCAAAUACUGAAUAGUAAUAUUAAUAUCGCAUCUUACAACUCCCCCGCUCUUAUUUUUAAGAAACAUUGUUUUUAAUUCAAUUAAACAUGUUUCUUAUCCUAAUCCUUUACUUUAAAAUUGAACCCCAUUAAUGAAUGCGCUUGUGGUCAGCUGAAUAGUAUGUGGUAAAUAUUGUCAAGUUGCGCAAUAUCCACUCUGAUAAACAAUUGAAAGUGAAUUUAUGGUAAAAAAAUUCUUCAUGUCUUGUACAGCAUGUAAUGUGUAUUCACUACUGUGAUAUACGCAAAUAAUUGUACAGCGAAUACCGUGUUAUGCACAGUAUUGUAUAAACAGUACUAUAAUACAUGGUCAGUACUACGCAGUUAGGCUUCUUUAUUUUCCAUAUUAGAAUUGUUAGCACUUAUACCAGCAUUUUUCCAUAGCUUGCUUUUAUUCCCUAAAAUAUAUUAUAUGUACAGUUCAUUUAACCCAAUCCUUUGCACUAUUGCAGUGAUUGUAUCACCUGUUCACCUUUUAAAGUUAUUUUUAUCUUAA